AUGGAGUCCGGUACAGCGGCAAGCAUGAGGUUCGGACAGCUCGGCUUCAUCGAGAAUUCAUUGAUCGAGCUCCAGCACAUACCGAUGACUCAAUCAGAGCUGUCCUGCGUGGUGGGAACGAGCUGGACACGUCUUCUACACAUGAAUCGAAACCGCAUCUCUUGCGACUUAUGCCUCUGCUCUAGAGUCGAUGUCAACUUUGACUGGAGCGAACCUUACGUCAUGGCAUACAACAGUGCCUCCGCAGGCAUCCAGCGCCAGGACAAGUGGUGUAUGCAGGGUGAGCUUUCCAGAAGUAUGCCGAUUCCGAAGGUGAGAACCAGACCUGGCCACGACGAGACAGAACUGAAAAUGAUGCAUUCUGCUGCCGUCAUGGAGAGCCUUGCGGGAGGUGGUGUAGGUGUUGCCACCAAGAUCUUGGGAUUAAGGGAACGAGGUGCUCCUUGGGAUCACAUCAGCCAGUUUGCCGCGAUGGCCAAGGCGACCGCUUUCGAGAUGCCCAAGGAGACGGCCUUGGAGGUCUGCCGGUGCCUCGCAGAGGCCGCCAUGGAAGCAGAAGCGGAGGCAGAAGCGGAGGCCCAGGAGGGUCAAGCUAUUGCAAGCCUUCGCACUUGUGCGAUGUCCUUGCUGGCUUCUGCUGCUGCCAGAGCUCGCGAUGCAGACAGCUUGGACUUCCCUCUUUGUGGCCUCGAGAUGAUCGCCAAGACCGGUCUCGGCUGGAGCGCCUUCUCCAACAUGUUCUUGGUCGCCGUCUUCGUGCAGCUCCAGCGCUGCCACCAGGAGACUCAGCUCCAAAUGUCGUUUGAAGCAGCAGGUCGGGUCAGCAACGUUUUCGUUUGGGCGUCUGAGUGUCAUGGAGACCUUGUCGGCAAACUUGCUCCGGCCGGCAGACGUGUUGCAGGGGCCGCACAUCGGACGCUGAGCAAACUACAUGGACAGGGCGCUGAGGAUAGCAUGCUGGCCAAGCUAGCGCUGCUUGCUUUGAACUACCCGAUUGCACAACGAAGCUCCUUAACACCCUUUGUCUGGAAGAAUGGGAUGAAUAGCAAUGGGCAGGCCGCUGCCGUUGUUGCAGUCGCUCGAGCGGGAGCGGAGCAACCAUGGCAAUUCGUCUUGGCACCCGGCGAGGCGGUGGUGCUUGGGCGCGCCGCUGACUGCGAUGUGGUUCUCCAGUCCAGGGGAGUAUCAGGGCGACAUGCAGUCCUGCGGCACAGGCGAGUCAACGAGGACACGUCAGAGAUGUGUCUCGAGGAUACCUCAACGAACGGCACUGGUUUGGCCUCGGGCAGUGAGUGGCAGCCUGUGCGAAAAGGAGAUAGCAAGGCCUUGGGCCAAUAUUCGCAGAUUUUACUUCCCUUCAACUGCAAGGUCCAUGACCAGGCAGUGGUCCUCACGGUUUCAAACUUCGGUCCGGGGCUUCCGGAUGCGUAUGAUUCCAGACGCAAGACCGGGCGGUGGAGAUACCGGGGCAAACUCGGAGAAGGUGCUUUGGGCGUCGUUCACCAAGCCAUCGACAUUACGGGGAAGCUGAAGGGGGAUGUGGCCAUCAAGGUCUGCAAGGUCACCAAAGGUGCCAAGCCGACGGCAAAGCUGCGAAGCGCCUUCAUCCUUCAUCGGGAAGCUCAGUGGUCAUUGCGAAGGCUCCACAACUCAAGCUACAAAGGGUUCUCAGAGAAGAAGGCAGCUCUCUUCGCUCGAUACCUCGAGGACCAUACCGGCCGAUGGAGCCGGGAUAUGGACUUCGAUGCCGAGCGUGCGACCUUCGAAGCUCCGGAGUUCCGCUGGGACAAGUUCAGGCCUCCAGAGACACUGCCGCCACAUCCUUAUGUGGCUAUGGAGUUUGUCCCUGGCAGAACACUUCACGCAGCUUUGGGCUGGAGUCGAGAUCAGCCCGUUCGCAGGGAAGCGCUCCUCAGUCAAGAGGAGAAGCAGAUUGUGGUUCGACAAGCUGCAGAGGCAUUGGUUUAUUUGGUAGAAAUGGGACUGAUACACCGCGACUUUCGGACCACGAAUCUUAUGGUUUCCGAGAGGAAAGCUGGCAUUCGCAUCCAUGUGAUCGACCUGGGCCACACUAUUUUGGCGGAGUCUCAUCAAAGUCGCAACAAGAGUGCAGUUGUCAGGUGCAAUUGGAAAGAAGAAGAGAAGAAGCGAUUCGAUUGGGCUCCACCGGAAGUCAAGGCUAAGGAAAACUUCGUGAACUUUGCAUAUCCGGCACAUUCAUUUGAUGUGUAUUCAUUUGGAGUGCUGGCUGUUCAGUUGCAGACUUCUGGCAUGCAGGCGGCGCGGCUUGCUGUCAGUCGGCUGAUGGGUUUGGAGGCGGGCGACCGCCUCUCGGGAGCUCUCGGCCUCAGCCAGGAGCUGCUUUCGCGGAUGCUCGGAGACGUGUCGAAGCGCCCAAAUGCCGAGCAGAUCGUGGAACACCUGCACGGCAAAACGCCAGAAGUUGUGAAGCCGAAGAUCCCUGAACAGGUCAAUGGCUCUCGGCACGACGUCCAUGUCUCAGCUGCUACGUUUGUUGAAGACAAGAAGCAGGAUGGGGCAGCAAACGGCAAACUGGAUGCCAAAGUCGCAAGCGACAACGGUAUCGAUGUCCACGAGGAUCAUCCGCCUAAGGAAGAAGGUGCGGAGAAGGCAAGAAGGCAGCAAGGAGGUGUUGUGGAUGAUGCGGACAUUGAGGAAGUCGUUGAAGGUGAAAUGGCCGAUGACAACGACUCCAACUCAUCUGCCGAAGGCAAGAAGGAGACGAAGGAGACGAAGGAGACGCACAGAGCCCAAGCUUUGCAAGUUCCUCACGCUGUUCUCGCCGUCAGCCCGGAGCAGGCGGAGACUGCCGAGCGGGAGCCAAGCCUCAAGCGACAGGCGGAGGCGGACAGUCACGCAGACGAGCCUGCAAAGAAGCGCCGGGAGAAGAAGAGCAAGGAUUCUCAAACAGUACAGAGCGAACCAGACAAGAUAUCAGGCAAAAAGCCUCUAGAAACGCAGGCAUCUCCGCAAGGUCAGAGCGCAGAGGCUGACAACCGAUCCAUGGAUCUGGUUGGAAUUGCUGCUGGGCCUGCAGAGUCUGCUGGGGAAUCGAAACGCCAGCGCGAUCCAAAGAUGCAGCCGUCCCCGCAGCCCGCAGAUACAAAGCGGAGAAAGCAGGACAGUUCGGAGCACGACCAAAAGGCGGCUGAGCUUGCGGCGAAGGCACAAGAUCUUCGAGAUGCGAAGAGAGAAAGGAUCCAAGAGCGAAUCCUUUUGAGGCAGUUGGGAGCUGGCGAGAGACGCCCCAGAGAGAAUCCCUCCCCCGAUGCAAAGAACAAGCCGCAACCUACUUCGGGAGCGGUUGUGGAGGAUGGGGCGAGCUCGUACCAAAAGGCAGACCGUGUUGCUCAUGUGCAGGAACCGAGGCGAAUCGCCUUUGAAGUCAGGAACCACCAGGAAGCCAAGAAGGCAGACCGCACUGACCGCACUAGUUCCGUUGCCACGGAACAGACAGCAGUCAACGCAGUCAACGUGCAAAAGCAAAUUGCACAGCCACAAGCAGAGCUGCUUGGCGAACCCGUCCUCGAAGUGGCCCAGGAGCCUCCAGUGGCGACACCAGAGGAGCCAGACGGCAAAAAGGCCGACAUCAAAAGCCAGGUGUCGGAUAACCACCAGCAGCUUCAAUCACAAAUGACAGCAAUGUAUGCCUGGAUGCAGCAGCAGAUGAGCGUCCUGGACAACCAAGCGCCGAAGGCCGAAGAAGACUACCUCCGAACCUAUGCCCUUGCCUUGCAGACGCAAGCGCAGACGGGAAAUCUGGUCCAAAAGGAAGCCUUAUCCGAUCCUCUUGGCUGGGCGGGGCAGUCGUUGGGAGUCCCUGCAAUUCUCAGCAACCCGUUCUUGCUGCAAGCCGCGCCGGCGCCGACACCUUGCAAAGCCUUUCCAAGCGCACCUCUACCCUCGCAACUACAAACACUGCCCACACCCGCCGCAUGCGCCACAUCACUUACAGUUCCCACCGUUCCCACCUCGUUGCCGGUGCCAAUAGCGGUGGUGCCGGUGCGGCAAGCACCUUCAACCCCAGUGCCACCCAAGGCCCCCCAAGUUGUUAUGCCGAAGCCAGGCUUUGCAGCAACGCCACCAGCUUCCGCUCAUUUAAACAAGGCAGCCUUGUUAGCUCAAAUCCCCUGCAAAUCCGGAGAUUCGGCAAGAGCUGCUAUGCUGGCGCAGAUACCCUGCAAAAGUAGGGGUCCAUUUGCGCCUUCACACUGA